AUGACCGCCUUCUGCUCGACCACCCACAACUUGCUCUUCAGUGGCAAGCCUCACCGUCAACAGACAGCUGCUGAUCGUGGCUUCAAGAACAUGGCAUCCAUGGCCGAUUCGAAGAACACCAGCUACAACCGCCAGCCAGCAGGCUACAACGCCGGGAACAGCAUGUACGGCAACCAGCAGUACACCUCUCGCGGCCAGCAGCAGCAAGCCUACGGCAUGCACCAGAACCCCAACCCUGACCCAAUGGCUACCCUUGCUCAUGGCUUCCAAGGCAUGAAUAUGGGCGGCAACCCGUCCUUCGCAGCCCAGGCCAAGAACGCUACCAUGAUGAACAACGCUGCCGGCCCAUACAAUGGCAUGCAGGUGCCCACCACAAUGCCCGGCUCCAUGUACAACGCUGGCCAGUACGUCUUCCCCUCUGGCUACGGCACCGCCAACACGCAGUCACAUGGCAUGUACACACCACACGGCACCCACUACAUGCCACAGCUCAACUACGGCGGCUACCAGCAGCAUGAGAACAGCCCAAUGUCUCAGAACUGGACUCCCACCACCGCUGGUGCCACUGGUGAGGUCCCAACCUUGGUCACUCCCCGCCGUGACUCUGUCUCCUCCAACGAGAACGACCAGCCAACCACUCCUUCGUAUGCCGGCUACCCAGGCUUUGCUCAUGGCGGCGUCACCAUCAACCGCACCCCAAGCGGCGUCUUCACUCACAGCACGCCGUCCCCAACCUCCAUGAUGGGUCCAUACGGCAUGGCCAUGGCCAAGCAGCCUGAGCAGAGCGAAGUGUCUACCCAGAUCAAGCUUCUCGUCUCCAAGGAGCCCCCGAUCCCUCACGCCAUCCCGGCACCAUCAUCGCCAUUGAAGCCUCUCGACCGUGCCCUUGAGAACCAGCGAGGCGAGACCAACGUCUACAUUCGCGGCCUGCUUCCAGAGACCACCGACGAAAUGCUCGAGUCUUGGGGCACCCGUUUCGGCGACAUCAAGAGCUCCAAGUCCAUCAUUGACCUCAACACUGGCCUGUGCAAGGGCUUCGGCUUCGUCAAGUACCACAACUACGAGGACGCCGAGAACUGCAUCCGUGGCUUCCACUACCUUGGCUACGAAGUCAGCUUCGCCCGCGAAUCGUUCUACUCGAAGCUCAAGACCUUCUCCGACGAGGGCAACACCAACCUCUACGUCUCCAACCUUCCCAAGUCGAUGAACGAGCACGAGCUGGCACAACUCUUCGCACCACACAAGGUCUGCUCCUCUCGCAUCCUUCGUGACAAGAAUGGCCAUGGCCGCGGCGUUGGCUUCGCUCGCUUCGACUCUCGUGACUCUUGCGAGGAGGUCAUCAAGACCUUCAACAACCACACCAUCACCUCUCAGGGCGAGGAACUCAGCAUAGCUAUCCGCUAUGCCGACACCCAGGAGCAGAAGCAACUGAAGCAGACCACCCAGGCGGCUCGGCAGUUCCGCUCCCAGGAGUACGAGUACGCUUGCGCCUGGAGAGAGGGCAAGGGCCGUCUCCCAUUUCCUGGUGCAUCCCACGGCCAGAACGUCCCACAAGCCGGCAACGAGUUCGACAGCUACCUGGGCACCGCGCCAGCUCCCAUCACGGCUCAGCGAUGGGCACAGUCGAAGGUCCCUGGUCGCUCUCCACUCUCCCUCCCAUACGCUGCCGCCUCCGUGAACACCACUGCUGGUGCCGAGAGCCACGGCAAGUCCAGCUCCUCUGGCGAGGCGGUCGACUCGAAGCCUGCCGCCACGACCGACGCCACCACUGCCUCCGAGUAG